CACUUCGAGGAAGCCAGACUAUUGACGAAUCAUUGUCUGAAUUGGCUGAACAAAUGACUAUUGAAGAAAAUAGCAGCAAGGAUAAUGGUAGGGAAAUCCCUUAUUCUUGAUUAUCAGCUACAAAAGAAGAGCUGGCUUCAUUUUAGAAGAGAAGAUAUUCAGAGAAGACCAUUUCCUUUUUAAAUCCCUUGACUAUAGCCUAUUGUGAAGAAUGGCAGGCCUCCAACCUCUCACAGCAUGCAUUCCUUCCUACACCAAUACACAGGGUCCUUCAAGAAGCCCCCAUUGCGGAGACCACAUAGUGUUAUUGGAGGAAGCCUUGGCUCCUUCAUGGCAAUGCCCAGAAAUGGAAGCAGAUUAGAUAUUGUUCAUGAAAAUCUAAAAAUGGGAUCAGAUGGUGAGAGUGACCAAGCUUCUGGGACAUCAUCUGAUGAAGUCCAAUCACCUACAGGCGUUUGUCUUAGAAAUCGUAUACAUAGACGGAUCUCAAUGGAGGAUUUAAAUAAACGGUUAUCACUGCCUGCAGAUAUCAGAAUACCUGAUGGAUAUCUUGAAAAGUUUCAGAUAAACAGUCCACCGUUUGACCAACCAAUGAGCCGAAGAUCUCGUAGAGCUUCCUUAUCAGAAAUUGGGUUUGGGAAAAUGGAAACCUACAUCAAAUUGGAGAAGCUUGGAGAGGGUACAUAUGCUACAGUAUAUAAAGGGAGAAGUAAAUUGACAGAGAAUUUGGUGGCAUUAAAAGAGAUCCGAUUGGAACACGAAGAAGGUGCACCCUGCACAGCGAUAAGAGAAGUUUCACUGUUAAAGGAUCUAAAACAUGCAAAUAUAGUUACCUUACAUGACAUUGUUCACACAGAUAAAUCUUUGACUCUGGUGUUUGAGUAUCUGGAUAAAGACUUAAAACAGUACAUGGAUGAUUGUGGAAACAUCAUGAGUAUGCACAAUGUGAAGCUGUUUUUAUACCAAAUUCUACGUGGUUUGGCAUAUUGCCACAGAAGGAAAGUGUUGCACCGAGACUUGAAACCACAGAACCUCCUCAUUAAUGAAAAAGGAGAACUAAAGCUAGCCGAUUUUGGACUAGCCAGAGCCAAGUCAGUACCCACAAAGACCUACUCAAAUGAAGUUGUCACACUAUGGUACCGGCCACCUGAUGUGCUUCUCGGUUCCUCAGAGUACUCAACACAGAUUGACAUGUGGGGUGUUGGUUGCAUUUUCUUUGAAAUGGCUUCUGGAAGACCUCUGUUUCCAGGAUCAACUGUGGAAGAUGAACUGCACUUAAUUUUCCGACUGCUAGGGACUCCAUCUCAGGAAACUUGGCCAGGUGUUUCUUCAAAUGAUGAGUUCAAGAACUACAACUUCCCAAAAUAUAAACCACAACCUCUAAUUAACCAUGCACCCAGGUUAGACUCUGAAGGGAUUGAAUUGAUAACAAAAUUUCUUCAGUAUGAAUCUAAGAAAAGAGUUUCAGCAGAAGAAGCCAUGAAACAUGUGUACUUUCGAAGUCUGGGACCAAGGAUACAUGCCUUACCUGAAAGUGUAUCAAUAUUCAGUUUGAAAGAGAUUCAGUUGCAAAAGGAUCCAGGUUUUCGAAAUUCUUCUUAUCCAGAGACAGGACAUGGGAAGAACAGAAGACAGAGCAUGCUCUUUUAAGUCUGAUAACAUGGUUUCAAGCCCAGCCCCCAGCCUUUCUUAUCAAUCAAGGACUCAGAUCUGAAGGCAAUUAUUUCUUUUGGUGGACUUGGAAUCUCCGUUUGUCUACACUGUCCUCUUCACAGUGGAGUCUUUUUAUUUCAGACCUACAGAUUGUUUUUAUAUUUGUUGUCACAGUGUGACAAUUUUUUUGUACAGUUGGUUUUAAGGUCUUCUCUGCCAUUAGAGCCAGUAGGUUACAGCUAUUGAUGUAACUGUAGCUGCAAUUUUUGUGCAGGACUGAAACACAGUGCAUUAUUUAUUGCGGAAUUAUUGCUGCUAAAUAACUACUGUCUGUUUAUUUAACACAACAGUUGAAUGCCUGAAGAAGUUGCAGUGGCUUUAUUAUGUGAAUGCGUCUGUUUCUCCUCAUGAAUUGUUUUACUGCUGCAUUUUUGUUUGUUUUUAAAAUUAAACUGCGGUGUUUUCUGGAAUGUAAAUUCAGCUUUGCUUAACAGUAAAAUAAGUGAGCCAUCUUGAACACUCUAAGUUCAUGCUAUGUAAUCUAUAUAAUUUUUUUUAUUGAACAUUGGCAAAUAGAGUAGCUAAGAAAUUGAUAAGCAUGUUAUGUUUAGGAAAACGCAAUGCAGAAGUUGAUUCAAGCAAGUGAACAGCUGACAUUUUGGGGAUCUCACAUUAGAUACCAGAAAAUUAAAGCACCAAAAUUAUUUAUUUUUACCUUUCCUCAUUUUAGAAAUAUUUACUGCAUAAUAUUGGAUAUUUUUUACUAAUACACUUAUCUAUUUUACAUCGUGCUUUAAUUUAGUUCAGACGAAACCAUACAAGUCCAAACAUGAGAGGUCUUGUUUGUUUUAAAUAUAAUUCUUUUAUUAGAAAGGAUGAUAAAUCAUUGAGGAACAAUUUAUUUCAUUUGGGGGUUGUCUAUAUGUGUGUAUUUUAAUAACAUUCACUUGGAAUCAGCUGAAAGCUGUAAUAUGUCUUUGAAAUGAGCCAUGAUAAAUACAAAUGAGAGAAGAGAGAGCUUAGAGGAUUGUUUUAAAGCAUUGUAGAUAUUAUCUGUUUACCAGAUACAAAAUUACAGUUUUAAUUAUGCAUCUCUUUGAACAUCACAAACACACCUUGGUGUUGGUAAUAAUGUUUUAAGCAUUUGUGUUAACUUUUAGGACUAUUUGUUUAGUGCAUCUUACAAACUACAAAUCUUAAUUGGUAUAUUUUGAGGUGGUCAUGUAAAUUUUUGCCUUAUAUAUCAUGAAAGUAGUCAUAACUUAAUUUUCUUCCUGACAUUCAUUCACUGUAAAACAUUCAGGGGUCCUACCAUUUCUGUUCAGGAAAUCUUGUAGUUUAUUGUUAUUUAACAGUAUUAAGUGAAUUUUUGUAUAUUUCAUUUUAACUUUAUUUGUGAAUAGUGAUUGUGGCAUGUUUAGGGUGUUAUUUUAAUAUUUCAUGAUAGUGAAAUUUUAAUUUUUUAAAAAAAAAUUUCUGGAAGAAACAGAUUUAUGUGUAAUGGUGAAUAUUGGACCACUACUGCUUUUCACGUUUGUAAAUAAGUUUUAUGUUAAACCCUGUAGCCUAACAAACUGCUGUUAUUUCUAACUGACAGACAUGUAUUAGGUUAUAAAUAUUAUGUGAAAUUCCUCCCUUUUGUUUUGAAAUUUAUAAUAACAAAAUCUUCAUGUUGUUAAGA